UUCAUGUUUAAGUGAUAAGCAGGAAUUUCCUACAUUCCUGCGGACAAUCCCAAGUGACACAUUUCAGGUGAAAGUGAUGGCUGAAAUUAUGAAUUACUUUGGAUGGACCUGGGUUGGAGCUGUAGGAACUGAUGAUGACUAUGGGUUAUAUGCUCUGACCAGUUUCAACAAAGAAGUGAAAAAAUUUGGUUGUGUUGCAUUCUCAGAAACAUUAAAGACAAACGAUAGAGCAAGACUGCUUCAGGUCAUUAGUGUUAUAAAACAAUCAUCUGCCAAAAUCAUUGUUUUGUUUCUAACAAAAACUAUCAUGGGAACAUUUAUAAAAGAAGCUGUUCUUCGAAAUAUUACUGGCAAGCAAUGGAUAGCAUGUGAUUUGUGGAGUGCUUAUCCUUCACUGGCCAGCAAUGAUAAUUUUGACUUUUUUGGUGGAACCAUCGGGAUCAUUGCAAGAAGAGGCUCCAUUCCAGGGUUUGAAAAAUUCCUCCGUGAUAUUCAGCCUACUUCAGAUGUCAAAAACAACCUCUACAGUCAGUUUUGGGAAACAAUAUUUCAAUGUAAAUUCAAAAACUCAUCAGUGGCAGAAGAUGGAAAAGUGUGCACAGGGACAGAAGACAUGAAAAGCAUCAAAAAUGAAUAUAGCGAUGUGUCACAAUUGAGAGCUUCCUACAACGUUUAUAAAGCUGUGUAUGCCCUAGCACAUGCCCUGCAUAACAUAGUAAUUUGUAAAGACAGAGAAGGGCCUUUUGAGAACAACACAUGUGCAGACAUUACAAAGGUGCAGCCCUGGCAGCUUUUGCACUAUCUGAGAAAAGUCAACUUCACCACUCUUUCUGGGGACCGAGUAGCUUUUGAUCAAAAUGGAGAUGCAGUUCCAAUCCUUGACAUUGUAAACUGGCAAAGAGCUGAAGAUGGAGGAGGCAUGACCACUAAAACCAUUGGAUUCUUCAGUGAACUUGACACACAUGAGACCCAACUGAUUAUUAAUAAAGAUGAUAUCUUCUGGAAUUUUGAAUCUGGGAAAAUGCCAGAAUCAGUUUGUAGCAAAAGCUGUCAACCUGGUACAAGAAAAGCAGCUAGAAAAGGAGAGCCAAUCUGCUGUUUUGACUGUGUGCCUUGUGCUGAUGGAGAAAUAAGCAAUCAGACCGAUUCAAUUGAAUGCAUCAAAUGUUCAACUGAACUCUGGUCUAAUGAUAAAAAAACCAAAUGUGUGCUAAAGGAAACAGAAUUCCUUUCCUAUGAUGAUGCUAUGGGCAUUACAUUGGCAGCUACAGCUUUGACAGGUUUCUGCUUGACAGUCGCUGUGCUAGCAGUUUUCAUCCACUUUCGAAACACUCCUGUAGUUAAAGCCAACAAUUCUGAACUGAGUUACCUUUUGCUGGUAUCGCUGAUGUUAUGCUUCCUAUGUUCUUUGUCUUUCAUUGGGCAGCCUUCACACAUAACCUGCAUGCUCAGGCACGUGGUGUUUGGGAUAAGCUUUGUUAUGUGCAUUUCUUGCAUCCUUGUAAAAACUAUUGUUGUGAUAAUGGCUUUCACUGCAACACUGCCUGGAAAAAGUACAAUGAAAUGGUUUGGUGUUGUUCAGCAGAGGUGCACCGUUUUUGUCUUUACUGCUCUUCAGGCUUUAAUAUGUAUAAUUUGGCUUAUCACAUCUCCCCCAAGUCCCACUAAAAACACCAAAUACCAGACUGCAAAAAUUAUCUUUGAGUGUGACAUUGGAUCAGCAGCAGGAUUUGGCUGUCUUCUAGGAUAUAUUUGGCUACUGGCAGGUGUUUCUUUUUUGUUAGCAUUCCUUGCCAGACGUCUACCAGAUACUUUUAAUGAGGCCAGAUUCAUCACGUUCAGCAUGCUUAUCUUCUGUGCCGUUUGGAUUACUUUCAUCCCCGCCUAUGUCAGCUCUCCUGGAAAACACACAGUGGCUGUGGAGAUCUUUGCAAUUCUGGCAUCAAGCUUUGGUCUUCUCUUUGCAAUAUUUGCUCCAAAAUGUUACAUUAUUCUCCUAAAGCCACAUAAAAACACCAAGAAAUCUUUGAUGUGUAGAAGCUUACAGAAAUAUUAAUGACAGAAAACAACAAUUUCACACUGAUAAGUAUUUUUGUUUUGGCCUGUUAAUAUUUUAGAGAUAUUUGAUUGAAAAAAAAUAAAAUAAAACUGACAACUGUAUAAAAGAAGUGCAAUUUUUAAAGCAGGAUGUGGCACAAAAAAUGUUUUC